AUAAGCACAGCCCAAGCCCUCACAUCAGUGAAACGGUUAAGCCUCAUCUCUGCUUUUCGUAUUCUGGGUUUGGUUUCUUCAAAGCUCCACUUGAAGAAGCCAUAGAUAAUGAACUUUCUCAAUCUACUUUUGCCCGCCAAGCGUGGAGUUGGUGCUGUCACCAAGUGCUGUAGAGCAACAUGUUCUUCCUUUUUCCAUUCAUCGACAGAAUCCUCAGUGGAAGUUCAUUCUCAGGAGCAGGAAGUAGUGAUUGCUCUGGGAAGCAAUGUUGGUGACAGACUUCAUAAUUUCAAUGAAGCCUUGUUGUUGAUGAAGAAAUCUGGAAUAAAUAUCACAAGGCAUGGUUGUUUGUAUGAAACUGAACCAGUCUAUGUAACUGAUCAACCUCGCUUUCUCAAUUCUGCUGUUAGAGGUGUUACAAAACUUGGGCCACAUGAACUCUUGGGAAUACUAAAGAAAAUUGAGAAGGACAUGGGUCGUACUGUCGGGAUAAGGUAUGGUCCAAGGCCAAUUGAUUUGGAUAUAUUGUUCUAUGGAAGAUUCAGAAUUCAUUCUGAGAUACUUACUGUUCCUCAUGAGAGAAUUUGGGAGAGACCCUUUGUCCUUGCCCCAUUGUUAGAUUUAAUGGGAUCUGCUGUUGAAAGCGAUACAGUUGUCUGCUGGCAUUCAUUUUCAGGACAGCCCAAUGGACUUUUUGAAAUGUGGGAGAAAUUGGGUGGUGAGUCCCUAAUUGGAAAGGAAGGAAUGAAAAGGGUUUUACCCUUAGGAGAUCGCUUAUGGGACUGGUCUGAGAAAACCUCUGUCAUGGGUAUCCUUAAUUUGACCCCAGAUAGUUUUAGUGAUGGAGGAAAGUUCCAAUCAGUAGAUGCUGCAAUUUCUCAGGUUCACUUGAUGAUAUCAGAAGGAGCAGAUAUGAUUGAUAUUGGUGCACAAUCCACACGGCCUUAUGCCGCUCUAAUUUCUGCUGAAGAAGAAUUAGAGAGAUUGAUUCCUGUUUUAGAAGCUAUUCAAAAAAUGCCUGAGAUGGAGAGGAAGCUCAUCUCUGUCGAUACUUUUUAUUCAAAAGUUGCUUCAGAAGCAGUUAGCAAAGGGGCUCAUAUUGUUAAUGAUGUCUCUGCCGGGUCGUUGGACCCUGACAUGUAUAGGGUUGUUGCUGCUCUUAAGGUUCCAUACAUUGCAAUGCAUAUGAGAGGUGACCCGUCCACAAUGCAGAAUGAGGAGAACUUGAAGUAUGAUGAUGUUUGUAAGCAAGUUGCUUCUGAGUUGUACUCGAGAGUUAAAGAUGCUGAAUUAUCAGGUAUCCCAGCUUGGAGAAUUAUUAUUGACCCUGGAAUUGGAUUUUCAAAGAAAACCAAACAUAAUUUGGACAUUCUUCUUGGAUUAUCAACCAUACGAAAAGAGAUUGCAAGUAAGAGUUUGGCUGUGUCUCAUGCUCCUAUGUUGAUUGGACCUUCCAGAAAGAGAUUUUUAGGUGAAAUUUGCAAUCGGCCAUCUGCUGCUGAGAGAGAUCCUGCAACUGUUGCUUCCAUCUCUACUGGGGUUUUAGAAGGUGCAAACAUUGUAAGGGUACAUAAUGUGAGAGACAAUAUAGAUGCCGUGAAGCUUUGUGAUUCAAUGUUAAUACGCAGGAGAUCUUGUCGAUGAUUUUUUUAAGUAGAUCGGAUGACUUUUCCAUUUAUUUGUUAGACGUUUUGUACUUGUUUCUGUUUCCCACCAAUCUGAGUCAGUAAGUCAAGACAAAAGGCUACCAUGGUAAGGCCAUAAUUGGGAGCCUCGUUACAUAUGGACUAAACACAGUCGUGUAGACUCGUUGUUCCAUCAUUAAU